UGCUUUUCUACGCGUGAGCCCUGACCUGCAAAAAGCUACCUUUUCGUUAUAACACAAUAGUUAAAGAUGGUUUUGGAGGCGUCUAUGAUAGUACUCGACAAUUCAGAGUGGAUGCGAAAUGGUGACUACACGCCGACUCGCAUGGGAGCACAGAACGAUGCAGUCAACCUGUUGUUCAGAAUAAAGACUCAAUCGAAUCCAGAAAACACAGUCGGCCUCAUGACACUAGCCGGGAAAUCACCGGAAGUACUAGUAACGCUUACAUCAGAUCUGGGUAAAAUAUUGUCAGCUUUACAUUCUGUAAAGAUAGCUGGUGCUGGCGACUUUAUGACGGGUGUUCAGAUUGCACAGCUGGCACUAAAGCACCGACAAAACAAAAAUCAGCGACAGAGAAUCAUCGCAUUCGUUGGUAGCCCUGUUCAGGCUGAUGAGAAGGCACUGAUCAAACUUGCAAAGAAGAUGAAGAAGAAUAACAUCGCCGUCGAUAUUGUCAACUUUGGUGAAGAAUCCGAAAACACCGCCAAGCUGGAAGCAUUCAUUAACAAUGUCAACAGCGGUGACAACAGCCACAUCGUCACUAUACCACCUGGUCCACAUAUUUUGAGUGAAAUGCUCAAGUCCACACCAAUCGCCGAAGGAGAGGACGGUGUUCCUGCUGGUUUUGCAUCUGGCAGUGGUGAUAACGAGUUUGGUAUGGAUGGAGGAAUGGAUCCUGAACUGGAACUGGCGUUACGUAUUUCGUUGGAAGAAGAAAAGGCACGCCAAGAAGCUGAAGCGGCAAAGAACAAAGCAACGGCUGCUGAAAGUUCAUCGUCAAAAAGUCAGGCAGCAGAUAUGGCAGUCGAUUCUGGCGCACAUGGUGAGGGAGACGACACUGAAGAUGCUGAAUUACAAGCCGCGCUUGCCAUGUCCAUGGGCGGUGCUCAAAAUGAAGAUGUCGAUAUGAGCGACUUAACUGAAGAAGAACAAAUCAGUCGAGCAAUCGAGUUAUCAAUGGGCGGUAGCCAAGAGGAGGCCAACCCUGAUUUCAUGUCAUCAGUUCUAAGCUCACUCCCUGGUGUGGACCCCAACGAUCCACGAAUCAAAGACGCGUUGAACAACAUGUCAGAAAAGAAAGAUAACAAGGGUGAUAAAAAGGAUGGUCAAUGAUAUAACCGGAUUGUUGAAUUUACAAUAAUAAAUACAUAAAAAAAAUUGGAGCUUUCGUUGGACCUAUAGUUCUUGAGUGUAUUGAAAAGGAAGGUAUCACGGAAGUCGCUACAGUAUCUCAAGGGAUAUGUGAUGAUACAUUGUAAAAGCUCUUCAUUGAUAGACUAGAAAGAAAGAUUUAAAGACUAUGUCAU